CAUUUCAUUAAUUUUCAAAUUUAAGUGGUUUCAAUUAGAACUUUUUUUAAUCCGUCGUUGGUCUUCCACUCAACAGUUUAUUAAUGAAUUUAGUUGCAACAAAAAUAGUUUUCCGCAAUGAAAAUUCACCCCGAACAGCUGACAAGGCAUACACACACACUUAUCGCCAAAAAGAGGGUUGACAAAGCCGCAUGAAAGGAUACGUCCGUAAAACUAAAUCAAAAAGGUCUCGUAAUGGAGGAACGUGCUGUGCUGGCCAAUAUUGCAUCCAUAAUCACAAAGGAUUUGCUCAUUGACCAGCCGUCAAUGAAUAUCAAUGCUGGCAAAUAUCCGCUGUUGUCCUUCGGCGAGGACGACGACGAGGCGGAAAUCUUCGCCCUGAUGCAAAGAAAAAGAUCCUUGGCCGCAGGCGGGAAACGCAAGUUGCUCCAGGAUCCAGAGGACCGCAAGCAGGACCUCAAGCAGGCCAGGCUGGAGUGGCACCAUGCCGAACUCAAUCUUCUGCACCGCUACACAGAUAACCAGUUUGAGUCCUACCUCCACAUGCGCAAGCACACAUUUCUGAAAAUCCAGCAGACCCUAGAGGAAAUGCUUAGUGGAAUUGCCUUGCCAGGCUAUCCCACUCCGCCGGCGCAGACCAUGCUGUCCUUAGCCCUGUGGAAGCUCUCUACCGAUGAGCAUUUCGAAGAGAUCGCACGGAAGUUCAAGCUACCCUGGGCUCUCUGCCAGCAAGUGGUACGCGGAUUCUGGCACUGUAUCUCCGACAACUACGAGAGCUUUAUUAAGUGGCCCAAUUCGCUGGCGGCCCAGCGAAGCACACUGCAGGGAUACCAGAAAUUGGAGAAACUUCGAUGCUUCCGAGAACUAUUUGGCAUUAUAACGCUUAGGCGGCUGGACGUCUUUCUGGAAUCGGAACACGCGGAGGUGCCAGUGGUUUUGCAGUUAAUCUUCAACGCGGAGCGAAAGAUCAUCGACUGCUACGUAGAGUUGGCCGUUGAGUAUAACUUUGAGGACUCGCCCAUCGGCCAGACUUUGGCCUUAAAUCCACGGACUAUGCCAGCAGGCAGUUACCUCAUCGGGAACGGUGUCUUUCCCCUCAAGUCAUACCUGGUGCGGCCCAUCGAUACUGAGUGCUUCCGUAAAGAUGCGGUGUUCAACGAACUGCUGCGUCCCGCCUUUCAAUUGGCGGAGCAGGUCCUAGACACCUUGGCUCGCCGUUUUAAUACCUUGUAUGCUCUGGAGGCCAGAGAUUUGAAUGAAGUUCGCCUCAUAGUGGAGAGCAUUUGUGCGAUGCAUAACCUCUGCGAGGAGUUCCACGAUGAUGGACUGGAGGUCACUGGACCAAGCGGAUUUAGCUGGGGUGGACUGCCGGAGGGCGUUAGGGGCAGUGAGAAGGACUUGAAGGGACUGCAACGGAGGGUGGAGCUCCUUGACGAAGUAGUGGCCAUUGAGCCAGGGGAAUAAAGAACUAACACCUGGAA